UCAACAGAACAGUAUAAAAACAAUACGAUGGCCUGCGAACAGCCACGAUACCUAAUUUUAAAUUUAUGAAGAAAAUUUAAGAAAUUAGUUCAUUGAAAAAAGUCAAAAAAUAAAGAUGAAGUUUGAGUAACCAUAAGAUUAUCAUAGAAAAAAAUUUCAUUCGCGGAUUCACGGAAAAAUCUAAUUUCUUUUAUCAAAGAUCAAGUAUCAAAGAUGUCAUACGCACACGAGAAAAUAUAACAAAAUAUUAAUGUGACGUUAUUUCUUCAAAAAUGUCAAUAUCAAUAAAUUUGAUCAAAAACUUUUUCCCAAAGAUACCCAUACAAUUUAUUUUUUUCACUUGAAUAAUAAAUAAUAAUUUCUAAUAUACCAUUAUUGCUUAUAUAACUAAUUGUCAUUUACUUUCAAAAACAUUAGUUACAAACAUAAAAUAGUAUUUUAUAACUAUAAAGCAUAAACAAUUUUUAGUCGAUUUCAUAUUACUGAGAAUGAGGACUGAUGGAAAACUUUUUGUCAGAUUUGUAAAUAUCUGUCAGGAUUAUAAUAAUACAAUACGUGCGGCUAUUCGCCAUAUUGCCGAAUACUGAUCAAUGGAUCUUCUUUUGUAUCUUACAUUUCUUUUUCUUUUCUUUUCUUUUCUUUUUUUUCUACUUUUUACUAUCAACGCAAGAAUAGGAUCUGUCUCUUACAUAAUGCAACAAAAUAAUUGCUACGUCGAAGUGUACAACUAUAUCUGCAAUUAAAAUAGAUUGCAUAUAAGUGACCUGUUAAUAGAUUAAUUGGGACUCCUUUCAAGUUGACUUGAAAUGUCGAUCGAAAAACAUUGACAGUCCUCUAAACUUCUAAGAUGAAGAGCACGAUUCUAAUAGUUUUUCUUCACUCUUGUUUGAGCCCCUUCCCGGAAGUAUAUUCCGCUAAUAUUUUUAGAGGAAGUGUCAAAAAUCGUACCAUGAAGCCAAGAGUCGUAUUGCCAAAUAAUUACGUGAAAGAGAUUCGACCGCCAUCAAAGAAGGGUGUCCCAGUGACAGUUGACUUCAGUAUUUUUGUCGUGGAUAUCAAUUCCAUUAACGUCGAGGAUAUGGAUUUUAGAGUCGACAUGUUCGUUCGUCAAAGCUGGACCGAGUCACGACUUUAUAUGCUCGAUGAUAUCUUCGAGGAAGGAGACGAUUAUGUUAUUUUUCCAUCAGAAUUCUACGAUAAUCUUUGGCAGCCUGAUCCUUAUUUCCUAAAUUCAAAAGUCUCCGAGAUCGCUACCUUAAACCACAAAUUCUCAUCGGUCACACUCUACAGAAAUAAAACCGUCCGAUAUUCCGCGCGAAUGCACGCAAUUAUAGCAUGCCAAAUGGAAUUUCAACUUUAUCCUAUGGAUAUACAAGUUUGUCCGAUCUACGUAGAAAGUUUUUCUUAUAAUAGUCAAAAGUUACGAUUGAGAUGGGACGAUAGCGGUGUAACAGUGAAUCCUGAAUUAAAAUUGUUACAAUAUAAUAUAGGAAAACCAGUUGUCUUCGAAGAGACUACCCAUUACAUGAUGGAAAAGAAUGGAAAUUUCUCAAGGUUGGUGGUUUUGUUCCGAUUUGAGAGACAAAUAGGACAUCAUUUAAUACAAACGUUUGCUCCAUCGACAUUAGUCGUAAUGUUUUCCUGGUUCAGCUUUUGGUUGGAUUUAGAUGCGAUACCAGGACGUGUCGCUCUUUUAGUAACGAGUAUGCUUACUUUGGUGACGAUGUUUACUGGCUUGAAAAGUGACAUACCUCCGGUUGCUUAUGUGAAAGCACUUGAUCUUUGGAUGGCUGGUUGCAUGAUGUUCGUAUUUGCUGCUCUGGGAGAAUUUGUAAUAGUCAAAGUGCUUGAUUUACGUUAUCAAUGUGUAAACGAUAUACAAUCGUCAAUUGUACCUCGGAGCUUUCAAACGCGAUUAGUUAUGACGGACAAAAGUCAAAAUUCUGAAUUCUGGGAUUAUGAUACCAUAUAUACAAUAAAAUCAAAGAACAAUCGAGCAGGCAGCAAACAUCUUCUCCAAACAUGGCUUGAUCUUGAAACAUCAUCUCUAUUUCCUUAUCGAACACGAUCACAACAAAUAGAUCGUUAUAGCAGAAUUGGAUUUCCUAUUCUUUUUCUUUUAUUCGUCGUUUUAUAUUGGCCUAUACUUUUGCUAAAGAAAGCAGCAUAAUAUAGUAAAUUUAUUUAAUGUAAUGUCAAUCAACUCUUUUCAGUAUUAAUUGACUUUGUUUUGGCGCACUUAGUAUAUGUCCACGUUGUUAUAAAUGCAAUCUGUAUAAACAUAUCUCUAUAUAAAUUUUUGAUUAUUAUAUAUACUCUAAUGACAUAAUCUAUAUAUAACGUUGUCUACGUAAAGCUUAAUUUUGUUAAAUAAAAUAUAUAUUAAGAAACAUUAAAAAGUAUUUAAUACAAAAAAAAAAUAUAUAUAUAUAUAUAUGUUUUUACUUCACAUAUAAAUUUUUUAUAUACACAUUUAAAAUUAUUAUACUCGUAUUAUUAUCAAUCAGUAUCCAUUUCCAUUAUAAAUGAAGUAUCGGAUGAUCCGCUAAUCGUAGCUACACUAUCAUUUAAUUUAGAUUUAGCAGCCUUUAUUUCUCCCAUUCUUUUUAUGUAACUUAUUGUAUAUUGAUUAAAAUCACAUCUGGAAUAACAAAUUAUUAUAGCGAUAUUUUUGUAUUGUUAAGAUUAUAUAUUAUUAAAAAAUUCAAUUCAACUUACAUCGAACUCAAGUCGUCGUAUUUUCUCUGCAUAUUUUUCUGUAACAUUAAUAGUAACGGGAUUUGAAAUGUUGUAUUCAUUUUAUGUCCAUGAUUAUUUAAUAUCACUUCUAUCCAUAAGAGAUAAAAAUGUAUAUGCUUUGCUGAUUCUAAUUCAACCGCUAUAAAUUUCAAUGUCUUCUCUAGAUAAAUAUCGGCUAAAUUUCGUACGAUCAGUUCAACUAAAAUAUUAAAUAUGUAUAAAGUAUGUGAUAAUAAAUUUUUAUUUCAUA